AAGAAAGCUCCGCGGCCUUUUGAAAUUUAUUCGUCAUUCCUAUCGUAAAUAAACUUUUUUGGUCGUAGCUUCUAAUGUGUGACAGAUCAUAUAAAUUAUUUUUGGCAUUGAUUUUAAGAUGUCACACCACUACUUUUGCAUGUCGAACCUCAAGGUUGGCGUUUCUCGACUAAGGAUAGGUAGCUGAACAACGUUUUACACGGCUGUUCGUCUAACCCUUAAUUAUGAAUAGCCAACCGACGGUUCGGGAUGGUCUCGCAAGAGACGUUGAAUCUAGAUUGAAUGAAGAACAUGGGAAAGGGGAGUCUGAUGGAGCUAUUCUCGAGGAUCGCGAUCGUGGCAACCACGCCGAUGAUGAAUUAUCUCCCCCUAGGGAUGACCGGGAUGGUACUACGAAUACCAACCAACCACUUAUGAGCGGAUGGCCUUUUUACGUCCUCAUGGCUUCCGUUACCUUGGGCGUUCUCUUGAUAGCAUUCAAUGCUACCGCCGUAGGAACUGCAAUUCCUGCAAUCACAAAUGAAUUCAACACCGUGAAUGAUGUUGGAUGGUAUUCUUCAGCAUACUUGAUAGCCAAUUGCGUUAUGGUACCCUUUGUUGGGAAGUUGUAUAGAUCUUUCCGAAUCAAAGUCGUAUUCAUUACCUUCAUUGUCAUCUUCGAAAUCGGGUCUCUAAUUGCAGCGCUGUCGACGUCUUCUAUGAUGCUCAUCAUCGCAAGAGCGAUAAGCGGUAUAGGGGGUUCUGGCAUCUUGAACGGCGGAUCCACUAUUGUUGCUGCUACUGUCCCGAUAGCAAACCGGUCCUUUUUAAACGGCAUCAUCCUAGGCUGCUUCGCUGUUGGCCAGGCGGCUGGCCCCUUGAUUGGGGGUGCUCUGACGCAGGGAAUAACAUGGCGCUGGUGUUUUUACAUUAACCUACCAGUAGGGGGGUUGGUCGUUUUUCUGUUCGUAUUCGUCGUAAGGCUACCUGUGUCGAGGCUUUCCGAAGUACAAACGUCCCUCCUACAACGAGUACUCGAUAUCGACUUUGUGGGAUUUGUCUUCUUUGCAGCAGCGUCCCUCAUGUUGCUGAUAGGUUUGCAAUGGGGCGGCACCGAGUACCCAUGGAAUUCUUCGACAGUCAUCGGGCUCAUGUGCGGCGGAGCGGCAACCUUCGGCGUCUUAGGAUUCUGGUUCGCUUAUAAGGGGGAGGCGGCUUUAUUACCGCCUAGAUUACUACGCAACCGAAUCAAUACUAUGAUCACCAUUACUUCGUUCGUGCAAAGCGGUGGAUCUAUCAAUGCUCUCUACUGGCUACCUGUCUGGUUUCAAGCAAUUCAAGGCGCAGACGCGUUGCGGAGUGGUGUAAUGAUUCUCCCUCUGAUACUGUCACAACUCGUCGCGUCUGUGGUAUGCGGUGCCCUUGUCCAGAAAACCGGCUACUACCUGCCCGAGGUAAUAGGGGGGAACGCUUUGGUAGCGAUCGGGGCUGGUCUGACAUCAACAUUCACCCCGACCACUCCCUUAGGAAAUAUCAUCGGAUAUCAAAUCCUUAUGGGAGCCGGUCGAGGCUUUGUAUUACAGCUAUUAGUCACUGCCAUACAAGCCAACUGCCCUAGAGAAGAUGCAUCGAUAGCGACCGGGUACGCCAUGUUUUCUCAAUUAUUGGGGGGCGCGAUUUUCUCCGCUGUCGGAAAAAGCAUUUUCACAAGCUCGAUACCAACAGCUCUCCAGAAGUUCGCGCCGGAUAUCGAUGCGAACUUGGUGAUUAAUAGCGGUGUGACGGAGAUAUCCAAAGUUGUCCCAUCAGAUAAACUAGCAGGAACACUGUUAGCUUACAACCAAGCUAUCAAUCAUGUAUUCUAUCUUCAAAUUGCUGCAGCAGGCUGUGCAUUUUUAAGCGGUUGGGGAAUGGGAUGGAAGAAUUUAAAACAAAUCAAGCAAGAACAAGAACGAGAAAAAGAAGAGAAGAGCGACGCUGAGUUGACGGCGGCAAGGCCCUGUGAGAAAGAAUGAGGAGGAUAGCCGCUUAAGAUGUAUGAAUCUUUCAUGGCCUAGAACGUACCUACAUAAGACUUAUGUAAGUAGGUAACUAGGUAGGUACCUAACCUAUAAAAGAAAG